UUUUCGAACGAAAGUUGCCUGUAGAGUCUAAUUACUUGUACAAAUAAAGUGAAUCUUACACUUAAACUUUCAUUGUCACUAAAAGUACGUUUACGAGGGCAACAGUAAAUCGAAAUCAAGAAUUAGUUGUCGCAACCUACUAUGCCCAUCAUACGUGUUUGAUUAUUUCGUUACAAUUACGCAUAUGUACUGUAAGGUAGGGGUAGCAAUGUCGAGUAUAUAAAAUCAAGUAGUAUUCGUCUUAAUCAUAAACACUCAGUGACAAGUGCAAGUGUAAGAUGAACAUUUUACCAAUCUUUAUCCUAAUAAGUUUCUGUUGGGUCAGUGCACGGACCCAAGCAACGCCUGUGAAUGAAUUGGACGAUUUAUCUUUGAACCCGCCAGCUGAAAGUGGCUCGAACGAAGUUCACGUUCGACAGAAAAGAACAUUAUUCCUUAAAAAAAAGCUUAUUGGCGCGGGACUAUUGGGACUUGGUCUGGGACUUGCUAAAGGAUAUAAAGCUGGUUAUCAACACUCACCUGAGGUUCAUCACGUUUACGUUGCCGCUCCACCCCCCGUAAGAUAUGUCGAGUACGUAGAAAAACCAGUAUUCGUAGAGAAAAUAGUGGAAAGACCAGUAGGGAAGUCAUAUGUCGAGUACGAAAAACACUGGUCGCCACAACAUGAACCAUUACCCAUUUACGGAUAUCCGUAAUUUUUUAGAGUAAUAGAUUUUAAGAAAUGGUCAGUUUCAUUUUAUACUCGUUGUUAAGAUAUUUUUUUAAAUCUUAGGUUUUUAUACAUACUCCAAUAUUUUACAUAUACUAAUGUUACUGUUAAAAUGAAUUUUUUAUAAGUUAAAUUGUAUAUCAUUAGAGAAAGGUGAAGAUUAUGUUAUAAGUGUUGAAUAAAAAAAAUGUUACAAUGAAAUUAUAA